AUGAUGUUGAUUCCAAGGCAAUCUUUUUCCUUCUUCUUCUCUGCUUCCUUAAUAUUAAACACUCUUGCUUCACCUACGCUCCAAAGAAAUGCACUUUUGGAGUUCAAAAACGAAUUUCCGGGCAGUGUAUCGGUCCACAAUGAAUUGUAUGGUCUUUCACCUUUAAGUUCAUGGAAUACAAGCAGUGAUGAUUGCUGUUCUUGGAAAGGUGUCACAUGCGAUGCUAAAUCCGGUGAGGUGAUAUCUCUCGUCCUUAUAUGGAUUGCUUUUAACGGCUCUUUGAAGUCAAACAGUAGUCUUUUUAAACUCCAACAUCUUCGCCACCUUAGCCUUUCCUAUUGCCUUCUGAGAGGAGAGAUCCCUUCUUCACUAGGAAACCUGUCUCACCUCAUAGAACUAGAUCUUUCUAAUAACUACUUGGUAGGUGAGAUUCCACCUUCCAUCGGCAACCUUAGGCUAAGUGGCUUGAAUCUUGAGGCCAACCAUCUUAUAGGAAAGAUUCCACCUUCACUAGGAAACUUAUCUUGUCUCACAAGUCUUGCGCUUGGUUGGAAUGACUUGAGUGGUAACAUUCUUAUUUCAUUUGCCAAUUUCAACAAAAUGUUUUUUUUAUCCCUCAGUCAUAAUAAAUUCAGCGGUGGAGAUUUUCUUCGUAUACUACCAAAUUUAACCAGCUUAACCUUCUUACUUCUUGAUGAUAAUCACUUCAAAUCCACACUUCCUUCUGACAUGAACCGACUCCACAUAUUGAAGUAUGUUGAUGUGAGUGGAAACUUGUUUUUUGGGAAUUUCCCUACUUCCAUAUUCUCAAUUCCUUCGUUACAAUGGGUUGACUCGCAUGAAAACCAAUUUGAGGGGAAUUUAGAGUUUGGGAAUACACCAUCAUCCUCUUUAGUUUCUGUUGACCUUGCUAAUAACAAUUUCUGUGGACCACUCCCAGAAUGUGUAUCUGGAUUUUUUAAUCUCUCGUAUUUAAAUCUUAGCCAUAACAGUUUCAUUGGUCCAAUCCCUAGGUCCAUGUCCAAACUACCGCUAUUUGACCUUGAUCUCUCUUACAAUAAGUUGCAAGGUCAAGUACCAAGUUUCUUAUGGAAAGUAUAUAUGUUGAGGCUUUCUCAUAAUUCUUUCACUAGCCUUGGAAAAUCACUGGAAGAAGUCUUCAAUGGAUGCCGCUUUGAUCUUAGUUCAAAUUUACUCCAAGGACUAAUUCCCCAAUGGAUCUUCCAGUCCUACUCAUUAGAUGUCCUAGAUUUGUCAAACAACCAUUUCACUGGUUCCUUUCCUUCAUUUUUGAUGAAUUCCACUACUCUUACAUAUAUAAAUCUAAGAAGAAACAACCUAAGUGGAUCCCUUCCAGAUAUCUUUUUCAAUACUACUGAGUUACAAACCCUAGACGUUAGCUACAACCAGCUAGUGGGGAAGGUUCCAAAGUCUUUGAUCCAUUGCAGCAAGAUGGAAUUUCUGAGUUUGAAAGGAAACAAGAUCAAGGACACGUUUCCGUACUGGCUGGAAUAUUUGGGAUCAUUACGUGUUAUGUUGCUCGGAUCCAAUGCAUUCUAUGGUCCAAUCUCUGCACCUUUGGGGUUUCCAACUCUACGAGUCAUUGACAUAUCGCAUAACAACUUCAAUGGAACACUGCCACAAGAUUAUUUUGUGAACUGGCUUGACAUGUCAUCGUUUAUGCAGUCACCAAGGAAGCCACAUCUAGAAGCGGCAAAGAAGAUCUUGAAGUAUGUGAAGACAACUCUUGGCAUGGGUCUAAUGUACAAGUACAAUGCCAAGGUCUCUCUCUAUGGCUUCACGGAUGCUGACUUUGGUGGAGAUCUAGAUGGUCGAAAAUCAACUUCGGGCUUUGUGUUCUUGUGUGGAGACACAAGCGUUUCAUGGUGCAGCAAGAAACAAGCAACGGUGUCGCUGUCUACCACUGAAGCGGAGUAUAAAGCUUCGACGCUCGCAGCCCAAGAGUGUAUUUGGCUUCGAAGGCUUCUUGAAGAUUUGUUUGAGCCAAUCAACAAGCCGGUUGCCAUAUAUGGAGAUAACCAAAGUGCUAUCAAGCUGGCUAACAAUCCGGUGUUCCAUGCAAGGACGAAGCAUAUUGAGUUGGAACAUCACUUCAUACGGGAGAAGGUGCUUGAUGGAACAAUUGAAGCUUUGGAGGUUCGAAGUGAGGAUAAUGUUGCAGAUAUCUUCACCAAGUCACUACCAAAAGGUCAGUUCGAGUUACUUCGCUCGAAACUCGGGAUGGUUGAUAAAAUCAAGUUUAAGGGGGAGUAUUGA